AAACAAACAAACAGAAUUUCUUUUAUUUAAAUAUAUUUAUGUCAACACCUUCAGGUGAAUAAAAUCCCCCACACACUGCUACAGGAGUGUGUGACUAAACUGGUGGAUAUGUGAGUGCGCAAGCGACGGGGUGUCUGAUCUGACGACAUGAUGACUCGUAAGUGUAGGGCUUGUCCACAAGACGCCUGCCUUUCCCAUCCAAACUUCUCAGAGACCCAGAAGCAAGAAAUCGAGAGAGAGAGAAGGAGACAGAGCACCUUCAAGUGAAGCAACCGGCAGAAGUAUUCCUCCUCUUCAUCACCGCUCAUCACAGCAGCUCUUCUUUUUAGCAUCAAGGAUUACCCUUUUUUAAUCCUUUGCUCGAUUUUAGUAGGUAAAACUUUUUGAAACUUUUAGGUCGAUACUUUUUUCUUUUUUUUUUUUUUUUUUUUUUUUCCGUUGUCAAACCUUGUCAGACUGAGCACAUCCACAGCUACAAGACAUCUAGUUCCUGCAGGGACAUUUGCUCGAGAGGAAAAAGUAUUUUUUUUCUUUUUGUUUUUUUUUAAAUAUACAUUUUAUUCACGUUAGUGGUCAGUUUGCAUCAUUUCUUCAACCUCCUGCUCCAAGGAUGACGCUCUUGCCUGCUCUGAGUGUAGCACUGCUGCUUCUGGCUCACUCCUAUUCUCUCAAUGCCAUGGCCACCUCAGGCACCUUGGCAUCCUCACCCUCUUCAUCAUCAGACUGCCCUUCCUGUGCCAUGGCACGGCUGCGGAGGAGUGGCGCGGAGGCGCUAAUGCAGGAGGAGGAGGCGCAGCAGGAUGUGGUGGAGGCGGUGAAGAGACACAUCCUCAGCAUGCUGCACCUGCAGGAUCGGCCCAACAUCACACACCCCGUGCCCCGUGCUGCCCUGCUCAAUGCCAUCCGCAAGGUCCACGUGGGCCGCGUGGCCAAGGACGGCAGCGUUCUGAUCGACGACGAGCCUCACGGACGCCUCGAGGCCGAGAACAGCGAACAGACUGAAAUUAUCACCUUUGCUGAAGCUGGUGAAACCCCAGGUCUGAUAAACUUCCUCAUCUCCAAAGAAGGUUACGAGAUGUCUGUGGUGGAGCAAGCCAAUGUUUGGAUCUUCCUACGGCUUCCAAAGGGCAACCGCACCCGCACGACCGUCCCCAUCCGUCUGUUCCUGCAGCAGCCCGACUCUGGGGAGAAGCUGGUGGCCGAGAAGUCAGUCGACACCAGACGUAGUGGCUGGCACACUUUCCCCAUAGCAUCUAGCAUGCAGUCUCUGCUGGAACAGGGCAUAAGUGCACUGAACCUGCGCGUUUCAUGCCCAACAUGUGCUGAUGCCCGUGCUUCACCGAUCCUGGUGACGCCUGGAGGGGGAGGAGAACGGGAACAGUCCCACCGGCCCUUUCUGAUGGCUGUGGUGCGUCAGAUGGAUGAGAGCGGGACGAAACGGCGCCGCAAGCGUGGCCUGGAGUGCGAUGGCAAGGUACGUGUGUGCUGCAAGCGUCAGUUCUACGUCAAUUUCAAAGACAUCGGCUGGAGCGACUGGAUCAUUGCACCGACUGGCUACCAUGCCAACUACUGUGAGGGUGAGUGCCCAAGCCAUGUGGCCAGCAUCACGGGCUCAUCGCUUUCCUUUCAUUCCACUGUCAUCAACCACUACCGCAUGCGCGGUUACAGCCCCUUUACUAGCAUCAGGUCGUGCUGUGUCCCCACGCGCCUCCGCGCCAUGUCCAUGCUGUACUACAACGAGGAGCAGAAGAUUGUCAAGAAAGACAUCCAAAACAUGAUUGUGGAGGAGUGUGGCUGCUCAUAAAACUUAAAUGAAUAUAAUACAGACAAAGACAAGCAAACAAGCAAGGAAGGACAGAAAAGAGUACUGAGUUUGGCUUGCAGGCCAGGGUGGGGAGGGAACAGGGAUCAGCGCCCUAAUGGUAAAGACUUGGGCCAAAAGAAAAUGGAGUGCAGUGAAGUGAAGGGAUGAGGGAAAGAACUUGACGGAACUCUCUCCAUCUCGGUAUUACACUCAGACUCCCAUACAACGACGGGCCUCUCUCUUGACACGGUGGCUGCUUGAACUUGGCCGUCUGAAAAUCCAGGGGGUAUCUAUAGCUUGGAGCAGUUUCUGUGGCACUUUCUGAAGAAAAAAAAAAAAAAAAGAAUCUAUAAUAUAUUUUUGCUACAAAGCUGAGGGGAAAGUGGUGAGAUAAUAUUUAUGUGAGCGAGAGUGCAGUGCGGUCACUCCAAACAUGCCCCGCAUUAGGGUGUGACCAUGAUGAUGAGGUGCCUGAUAAAGCAAAUACCAAAACUAUGCAACUUGUCAAGUAUUAAGAUUUAUUUUUCAUCAAUGUGUUGUUUUGGUUAACUAUUAACUUUUACAAACUACAAAAAAAAAAGAAGUUGACUUUUUAUACUUUUUUGAAAGUAUAUUUGACGUCUUAUGUGUGUUUGUAUACGUGUGCGUGUGUGACUGUGUAUGUGUGUGUGUGUUGUUGAGAGAUACUUGAAAGACGUUUGACGGGCUGCUGGA